CACCAUGGGGCUAAGGCUUACCAGCCUUUUGACACUAUGGCUGGCUAUCUGCUAUGCAACUGAAGUUAGAAAAGGAAGAACUUCUAGCCAUGGCCACUAUGUCUGCAGUACUUGGGGGAACAACCACUUCAAAACUUUUGAUGGAGAUUUCUACCAGUUUCCUGGUGUCUGUGAAUACAACUUUGUGUCUGACUGCCGUGAAUCUUACCAGGAGUUCUCUGUCCAUAUCCAGCGUGAACUGAAUGAGCAAGGGCACCCUGACAUUCAAUAUGUCCUUAUCACAAUUAAGGAUGUUGCAAUCUACCUCACUCACAAGAUGGUGGUGGUGGAUGGGCAAAUUGCAAGGACUCCGUACUAUCAUUCUGGUAUUCUGAUUGAGAAGAAUGAUAUGUAUACCAAACUCUAUGCCAGAGUGGGCCUAGUUUUGAUAUGGAACAGAGAAGCUGCUUUGAUGAUUGAACUGGACACCAAGUUUAACAACGGUACUUGUGGUCUUUGUGGGGAUUACAAUGGCCAGCAGGUUUACAAUGAAUUUCUCUCCAAUGGUCUGAGCUACAAUCCAAUCACAUUUGGAAACCUACAGAAGAUUAAUAAACCCAAUACAGUAUGUGAAGACCCUGAUGAGACACAACCUAUUGAAUCUUGCAACCAACAUCGUGAGGAGUGUGAGAAGCUGCUGACUGCUCCGGCUUUUGCUGAUUGUCAGUCCCGCCUGAAUCUGGAACAGUAUAUCCAAGCCUGCAUGCAGGACAGAUGUGCUUGCCAGCAUACAGAGGACUCCUUCUGCCUUUGCAGCACCAUCUCAGAGUUUUCCCGCCAGUGUUCCCACGCUGGUGGCAAUCCUCAGAACUGGAGGACAUCACAACUGUGUCCUAAGUCAUGUCCUGGAAACAUGAUCUACCUGGAAAGUGGCUCACCCUGUAUGGACACCUGUUCACACAUGGGGAUCAGCAAACUAUGUGAAGAACACUACAUGGAUGGCUGCUUUUGCCCUGAAGGCACAGUAUAUGAUGAUAUCACUGGGAAAGGCUGUGUGGCCACGAGCCAGUGUUACUGCAAACUUCGUGGGAAAUUAUUUUCCCCUGGUAAAAACAUCACCAAUGACUGUGAAAGCUGCACCUGUCAAUCAGGUAGAUGGAUAUGCCAGGAUUUACCCUGUCCCAGUAAAUGUGCAGUGGAGGGAGGGUCUCACAUUACUACAUUUGAUGGAAAGAAGUACACCUUCCAUGGUGACUGCUACUAUGUGCUGAGCAAGAGCAUACAGAAUGACUCACAUGCCCUCUUGGGAGAACUAGGCCCAUGCGGUUCUACUGACAAGCAGACAUGCCUAAAGACGGUGGUUCUGUUAAUAGACGAGAAGAAAAACGUCGUAGUUUUCAGAUCAGAUGGUACCGUAUUACUGAAUGAAAUAGAAAUUCAUUUGCCUCAUGUAACAGCCAGCUUCACAGUUUUCCAGCCAUCUUCAAACUACAUUAUUGUGCAGGCGACUUUAGGCCUCAGGCUGGAGAUCCAGCUGGUUCCAGUUAUGCAGCUCUUUGUCAUUGUGGACCAGACUGCCCAGGCAACUCUCCAAGGUCUUUGUGGGAAUUACAACGGAAUAGAAGGAGAUGACUUCAAAACAUCAAGUGGAUUAAUAGAAGCAACAGGGGCUUCCUUUGCUAACUCAUGGAAAGCACAAGCCAGCUGCAGUGAUAAGUUGGAUAACUGGGACCACCCUUGUACUCUUAGCGUUGAGAAUGAAAAGUAUGCUGAACAUUGGUGCUCUUUGUUGAAAAGUACAGAAACUCCUUUUGCCAGAUGUCACUCAGUCAUUGAUCCAACAGAUUAUUAUAAGCGCUGCAAAUAUGAUACCUGUAAUUGUAAUGCCAACGAAGAAUGUAUGUGUGCUGCCCUAUCAUCAUACGCAAGAGCCUGUGCCUUCAAAGGGGUCAUGUUAUGGGGCUGGAGAAAGAAUGUUUGCAACAAAGAAGAAUCCUCUUGCCAAGCCAGUCAAGUCUUCCGUUACAAUCUGACUUGCCAGCAAACUUGCCGCUCUCUUUCUGAUGGUCAUAAGUACUGCUUGGAAGGCUUUACUCCAGUAGAUGGCUGUGGCUGCCCUGAUAAUUCCUAUAUGGAUGACAGUGGCAAAUGUGUGCCAAUUGCUCAGUGCCCGUGCUAUUACAAGGGUGUGCCCAUAAAUCCUGGAUAUGUUAUAAUGAAACAGGAUGAGCGCUGUGUUUGCAGACAUGGAAGAUUUCAUUGUGUGCCAGUGGACGUAACCCCUGAACACUGUUCACCCAACAUGACAUACUUUGACUGCAACAACUUUGACAGUUGGUCUUCCCAAACACCAGUACAUCUUAGCUGCCAAACACUGGGAAACGAUCAGUUCCAGACAGAGUGUGUUUCAGGAUGUGUGUGCCUUGAUGGAUUGAUAGAUGAUGGCAGAGGGAAUUGUGUCCAAGAACAGGACUGCCCAUGCAUUCAUAACAAAGUUUUUUACUCCCCCGGAGAAACAGUAAAUGUGGACUGCAACACAUGUACUUGUCAAAGAGGAAGCUGGAAGUGCACCACCAAUUCAUGCUUUGGGACAUGUACCAUUUAUGGGAGUGGCCAUUACAUCACGUUUGAUGGAAAAUUCUAUGACUUUGAUGGCAACUGUGAAUAUGUGGCUGCUCAGGAUUACUGUGGAAACAGCGAUUUGGAGGGAACAUUUAGUGUCAUCACAGAGAAUGUCCCAUGUGGAACCACUGGAGUCACCUGUUCCAAGGCCAUUAAAGUUUUCCUUGGGAGCACUGAAAUAAAGUUGGAAGAUAAACAAAUAGAAACAAUUGAGAUGAAUACUACUAGCACUGUGACUUACUGGAUUUGUGAGCCAGUCGGGCUGUACAUUGUAAUAGAAACCAGCAAUGGUGUUAUUCUCAUCUGGGACAGGAAGACUACUAUUUUCAUCAAGCUGGCCCCCUAUCUUAAAGGAAAAGUCUGUGGCUUAUGCGGCAACUUUGAUGGCAAGGCCAGUAAUGACUUCACUGCAAGGGACAUGGUCCAAGAAAAUAAUGCACUGAUAUUUGGAAAUUCAUGGAAGAAGGAUACUGCAUGCCCUGAUGUUGAUGUAGACCCUGAGCCCUGUGAAAAGAAACCUCAUCGCAAAUCCUGGGCAGAGAAAGAAUGCAGCCUCAUCAAAAGUGUUGUGUUUGAAGAAUGUCAUUCAAAAGUGGCUCCAGAUCAGUACUAUGAAGCUUGUGUACAUGAUGCUUGUGCCUGUGACUCUGGAGGCGACUGUGAGUGCUUCUGUACUGCAGUGGCUGUCUAUGCACAAGAAUGCCUCAAAGCUGGAGCUUGUGUCUACUGGAGGACUCCUGACAUAUGCCCAAUCUUUUGUGAGUACUGGAAUCCUACAGAUAUAUGUGAAUGGCACUAUGAGCCUUGUGGAAGUGACAUUGUUACCUGCAAGAUCCUUAAUGAAGUCAGCACCAACUUUUCAAUGCCAUAUCUGGAAGGUUGCUACCCACGAUGUCCUCCGGAUAAUCCUAUCUACAUUGAAGAGACCAACACAUGUGGGACAAGUGAUAUGUGUGGCUGCUAUAUUAAUGGUGUUUACUAUAGACCUGGACAGUCUAUACCCACAGAUGAUCUGUGUACAAAUUGUUUCUGUGUUUAUGCUGGAGAAACGAAAUGUGAACCCCGAAGAGGUUGCUGCAUAUAUGAUGGUAAAGAAUACGAAGAAGGAGAAAUAAUAAUAAAUGAGAGAAAUGGAUCUUUUUGUUUCGACAUAAAAUGCACAAUCAAUGGCACUUGGGUAGUUGAAGACAUGAGACCCUGCAGUACAACUGCCCCUCCCACAACUACUCUUUCAACUACUCCUUCUCCCACCACCACCACUACUACUACCACAACUCCCACUACAACCUCCACUACACUCUCUUCAACAACUCAGUGCUUAAUGCUUGCCUGUGAAUGGAGUAAAUGGUAUGAUGUCAGUGCACCCGAAGAAGGACCAGAAGGUGGUGACUUUGAGACAUAUGACGCCAUAAGAAUUAAAGACGGAAGCAACUUUUGUCCAUCAGCUCCACAAAACAUAGAGUGCAGGGCUAAAAAUGCACCCAAUGUGGAUAUUGCAGAAUUGGGACAGAAAGUGGACUGUAACGUCACUUAUGGACUCAUUUGUAGAAACAAAGACCAAGAUCAGAGUCUCUGGACCCUCUGCUAUAAUUAUGAGAUACGCGUCAACUGUUGUCAAAUCAUUCCUUGUGGUCCUACUACGACCACUCCUCCCACCACUACUCCCUCCACUACUACCACUACCACUACCACUACACCAACUACCACUACCCCUACGCCAUCUACCACCACAACAACUACCACUCCUACCACUACUUCCACGCCUCCCACCACUACUCCCUCCACUACUACCACUACCCCAACUACCACUACCCCUACGCCAUCUACCACCACAACAACUACCUCUCCUACCACUACUUCCAUGCCUCCCUCCACUACUACCACUACCCCUGCACCAACUACCACUACCCCUACGCCAUCUACCACCACAACAACUACCACUCCUACCACUACUUCCACGCCGUCUACCUCAACGCCAACAGUUUGUACCUCCACUGUAGUAUGUUCAUGGUCGAACUGGAUUGAUGUCAGCUUCCCACAAUAUGGCCCACAGUAUGGUGACUAUGAAACCUAUGACAACAUCAGGGCAGCCGGCAUAGAGAUCUGCACAAGGCCAGAAAACAUAUCAUGCAGAGCAGCAAAAUUUCCUAAUUACUCCUUCAAGGAAUUGGGGCAAAAAGUGGAAUGUGAUGUUUCGACUGGACUUAUUUGUCACAAUAAAGAUCAGACUCCUGGGCCUGUGUACCCUGUAGAUAUGUGUCUCAACUAUGAGAUCCGUGUAUAUUGCUGCAAGGAUGAAUGCAUAUCUGGACCUCCAACCACAACUCCUACCAUAACUCCUACCACAACUACACCAACUACCACUUCUACCACUACCUCUACUCCAUUAACCACCACCACAAUUCCUACUACUACUUCCACACCAUCAACCACGACACCACCAACUACUACUACUACCAUUCCAACACCACCUUGGGAUACCCUUACUACUACACCAACUACCACUUCCACCACUACCACUUCUACCACUACCUCAGCACUUACCACUACACCAACUACCACUCGUACCACCACGACAUCCACCCCCACACCACCUAUCGACACCUCUACCCCCACACCACCUACUACUACGCCAACUACCACUGCUACUACUACCUCCACUGCACCUACAACUACACCAACUACCACUCCAACCACUACAUCUACAGCAACAACCACUACGCCAACCACCACUCCAACCACCACCACUACUACAGGAUCCACUUCAGCUUGUAUCCCCACUGAAGAAUGUGAGUGGUCCGACUGGAUUGAUGUCAGUUUCCCACAAUAUGGCCCACAGUAUGGUGACUAUGAAACCUAUGAUAACAUCAGGGCAGCCGGCAUAGCGAUCUGUGCAAAGCCAGAAAACAUAUCAUGCAGAGCAGUGAAGUUUCCUACUUACUCCUUCAAGGAAUUGGGGCAAAAAGUGGAAUGUGAUGUUUCAACUGGACUUAUUUGUCACAAUAAAGAUCAGACUGCUGGGCCUGUGUACCCUGUAGAUAUGUGUCUCAACUAUGAGAUCAGUGUAUGCUGCAAGAUUGAUUGCGGAUCUACACCAUCAACCACAACUACACCAACUACUACCACCACCACAAGUACAACUACCACCACAACUCCAACUACCACUUCACCAACUACCACUAUCUCUACAACUACAGAGUGUGUCAUAUGUGAUUGGUCUUCUUGGAUUGAUACGGAUUCCCCAAAUGGUGACAAGGAUGGUGGUGACAAUGAAACUUAUGAGAAAAUCAGAGAACAUGGUAUAGACAUCUGUUCUCAGCCAUCCAACAUUUCAUGCAGAGCAAAAAAUUUCCCUGGCACUUCACUUGAGGAAUUGGGACAAAAAUUGGUAUGUGACGCUUCUGUAGGACUCAUCUGUAAAAACACAGACCAAGUCCCAGGUGUGGGUGUGGCCCCAACUUGUCUCGAUUACGAAAUUAGUGUUUAUUGCUGCAGAGACUGUUCUACCACCACAGCCUUGACUACAACCACCACUCCCUACACUGGAAGUACAAGUAAAACUACGACAGUCACAACAACAGAAACAGGAACAACAACAACAGUACCUUGCACAACUGAUGAAACAGAACCAUGGUCCACUUCAGAACCAUCCACUGCUGUUACCACCACCAAGAUCUCAACUACCACGGAGACCACAACCACAUCAACAACACCAACAACUACUACUCCCACUCCGAGUACAACUACAACAACACCGACACCACCAACCACCACCACCACUGAACCAACUACAACAACCACAACUACCACUACCACUCCCACUCCGAGUACAACUACAACAACACCGACACCACCAACCACCACUACUACUCCCACUCCGAGUACAACUACAACAACACCGACACCACCAACCACCACCACCACUGAACCAACUACAACAACCACAACUACCACUACCACUCCCACUCCGAGUACAACUACAACAACACCGACACCACCAACCACCACCACCAGCACUGAAACCCCUACAGUAACAACCACAACUACCACUACUACUCCCACUCCGAGUACAACAACAACAACACCGACACCACCAACCACCACCACCAGCACUGAAACCCCUACAGUAACAACCACAACUACCACUACUACUCCCACUCCGAGUACAACAACAACAACACCGACACCACCAACCACCACCACCAGCACUGAAACCCCUACAGUAACAACCACAACUACCACUACUACUCCCACUCCGAGUACAACAACAACAACACCGACACCACCAACCACCACUACUACUCCUACUCCGAGUACAACUACAACUACACCGACACCACCAACUACCACCACCACUGAACCAACUACAACAACCACAACUACCACUACUACUCCCACUCCGAGUACAACUACAACAACACCGACACCACCAACCACCACCACCAGCACUGAAACCCCUACAGUAACAACCACAACUACCACUACUACUCCCACUCCGAGUACAACAACAACAACACCGACACCACCAACCACCACCACCAGCACUGAAACCCCUACAGUAACAACCACAACUACCACUACUACUCCCACUCCGAGUACAACAACAACAACACCGACACCACCAACCACCACUACUACUCCUACUCCGAGUACAACUACAACUACACCGACACCACCAACUACCACCACCACUGAACCAACUACAACAACCACAACUACCACUACUACUCCUACUCCGAGUACAACUACAACAACACCGACACCACCAACCACCACCACCAGCACUGAAACCCCGACAGUAACAACCACAACUACCACUACUACUCCCACUCCGAGUACAACUACAACAACACCGACACCACCAACCACCACCACCAGCACUGAAACCCCGACAGUAACAACCACAACUACCACUACUACUCCCACUCCGAGUACAACAACAACAACACCGACACCACCAACCACCACCACCACUGAACCAACUACAACAACCACAACAACCACUACUACUCCCACUCCGAGUACAACUACAACAACACCGACACCACCAACCACCACUACUACUCCCACUCCGAGUACAACUACAACAACACCGACACCACCAACCACCACCACCAGCACUGAAACCCCUACAGUAACAACCACAACUACCACUACUACUCCCACUCCGAGUACAACAACAACACCGACACCACCAACCACCACUACUACUCCUACUCCGAGUACAACUACAACUACACUGACACCACCAACCACCACCACCACUGAACCAACUACAACAACCACAACUACCACUACUACUCCCACUCCGAGUACUACUACAACAACAACAACAACACCAACCACCACCACCAGCACUGAAACCCCUACAGUAACAACCACAACUACCACUACUACUCCCACUCCGAGUACAACAACAACGACACCGAAACCCCCCACAACAACCACAUCACCAACUACUGGCCCAACAACCCCCACAACAUCUUCAACUACACAUACAACCCGCUGCACCUGUUUAAUGGAUGGAAAUACAUUUUAUGAAGGUGAUAUAAUAGAAGUGGGCAUGCACAGAGGCGUGUGCUAUCAGGCCAACUGCUCCUGGGAAUGUGAAGUAGUUUACAACUAUUGGGAUUGUCUCACCACUACAACCACAACAGAGCCAACCACAACUACAACCACAACCACAACCACAACAGAGCCAACAACGACUACAGCAGAGCCAACCACAACCACAACAGCACCAACCACAACUACAACCACAACAGCACCAACCACAACUACAACCACAACAGAGCCAACCACAACAACUAUAUCUAUAAAAACAGAAACUCCUACUAGUACAACUCCAAGUCCUAGUCCACAGAAAUCCACACCCACACCCGGACCAACACCCACACCCGCACCAUGUCCAUUCGAGAAUGGGACUAUUCUACCUGGAGAAUCUAUGUGGAUUUGUGACUGUGUCCAGGCCUUUUGCAUUUCAAACGAGGAGUGGAUUUUAAAACCCAUAAAGUGUGAACCACCACCUGAGCCCACAUGUUCCAAUGGGCUUGCUCCUGUCCGUGUGAUGGAUGAGAAUAACUGCUGCUGGCACUGGGAAUGUGACUGCUACUGCACUGGCUGGGGAGACCCACAUUAUAAGACCUUUGAUGGCCUCUACUACAGUUACCAAGGCAACUGUACCUACACCCUGGUGGAAGAGAUUGUAAAAACCAUCGACAACUUUGGAGUGUACAUUGAUAACUAUCACUGUGACCCAAGGGAACCAGUGUCCUGUCCACGUACUCUCAUUAUAAAGCAUGAGACUCAGGAUAUACGCAUACACACUCUCUCAUCUGUUCCUAUCAAAAUAGAGGUACUCGUAAAUGGGAAUGUUGUGAAUUUACCUUACACAAAAUAUGGUGUGAAAAUUCAUCAGUUAGGUAUGAAUUACAUGGUGGUAAUUCCUGAAUCGAAGAUAAAUAUAACCUUCAACGGCAUAUCUUUCACUAUUCGGAUGCCCUAUGAACUAUUUGGCAACAACACCCAGGGCCAGUGUGGUACAUGCACCAAUAAUACAGCAGACGACUGUCGGCUGCGCAAUGGAGAACUUGCAGAAAACUGUGUACAAAUGGCAGAUGACUGGUUUAUUACUGAUGACUCCAAACCCCAUUGCCCCCGAUUGCCCCCGAUUCAGGAACCAACAACCCGCCCGCCCUGCGAACCAUCUCCGCUCUGUAAACUUUUACUUGAGGGUGAAUUCAAGAAGUGUCAUGAUGCUGUUGAUUAUGAAAACUACUAUGCAGCCUGUGUGUUUGAUAACUGCAGGAUUCCCGACCGUGGCAUGGAAUGUGCAAGUCUUCAGAUCUAUGCAUUUACCUGUGCAGACCAAGGUGUCUGCAUUGAUUGGAGAGGGCUUACCAAUGGCACAUGUAGCGUCAGCUGCCCAUCUAACAGAGUUUACAAAGCAUGUGGUCCUGCUCAAGAGGAGACUUGCAAAUCAGGCUUAAUAGGAGUCAACCAAACCCAACAAAUUGAAGGCUGCUUCUGCCCUGAAGGGACAACACUUUAUGAUGCUGGUGUGGAUGUUUGUGUGAAAACCUGUGGAUGUGUUGGGCCAGAUAAUAUACCAAGGAAGUUUGGGGAGGAGUUUGAGUUUGACUGCAAGAAGUGCAGUUGCCUGGAAGGAGGCAGCGGUAUUACCUGUGAGCCCCUCAAAUGUCCAUCAGAUGAUGAUGUCAACUGUGAAGGAGACGGAUUCUACACGAUCACUGAAGUCAAUCCUGAUAACAAAUGCUGCUCUAAAACCACUUGUGUAUGCAAUGCCACUGACUGCACAGCAGAGCCUCCUAAAUGUCAGCCAGGGUAUGAGUUAGUUUCUGAAGUUCCUGAAGGCCACUGCUGUCCUGAUCACCGAUGUGAGCCCAAAAACGUUUGUGUGGCUAACGGUAAUGAAUACACGCCUGGCUCUCAGAUCUUAGGAGAUAAGUGCCAGAAAUGUGUCUGCACAGAGGAAAAAGACAACAGUACUUGGCUGAAUUUGAUCAGUUGCAGCUACAUCCCAUGCCCAACGACGUGUGACCAAGGACAUACUCUUAUUCAUCAGGACGGUGAAUGUUGUGGGGUGUGUGUGCAGACAAGCUGUGUUAUACGAACACCUCAGAAUGAUGUUUUCAUCUUAAGACCUGGUGAACAACGGAGUGCUCCACACGACAACUGCACUAUUUACAGCUGUGUGAACAUACAUAGGCAGCUGGUCUCCUCCACAUCUUCAAUAAGCUGCCCAGCAUUUAACGAGGAAACAUGUCAGCCUGACACCAUUGCCUAUUUGCCCAGUGGCUGCUGUAAAACUUGCAAGCCCAAAGAUAACCCAGUACCAGUGCUACCUUGCUCUCUCUCUGAAAUGAAGGACUAUAUCGUUCAUGAUGGUUGCCGUUCAGCAGACAUGGUCACUGUGGCCCAGUGUGAAGGACAUUGUGGAACUUCCUCAAUAUACUCUUCUGAAGCCAACUCCAUGGAACACAAGUGCACUUGCUGCAGGGAGUCAAAAGUAUCCGAAAAGGAAAUAACACUGGUGUGCCCUGACGGGAAGAACAAGAAACACAAAUACCUUCAGGUGGACUCUUGCGAGUGCCUCAACACCGACUGCAACAGUUCACACUCCUCAAACGAGUCCCGGAAGAGCACAGAAGAAAAUAGCAGGCAAGACUCCCAGGAAGAUGAACAGGAAGAUGAACUGAAUGCUGUGGCUCGUGUCAGGAGGGCCAUUAGUUCGGUGAAGAGAAGGAUGGGAAUAUAAUGAGCUAAUCAACAGGUUACAAGUGAAAAGAAAAGUUAUACAGGGACAACCCAUGCUUUCAUUUUUCACAAAUAAUUCUGCGCUUGCCCUUACUUUCCACGGGCCUCUUAAAUCUGUGCCCUCUUUGACUGUUUCCCCUUAUGAUCGCUUUAUUUAUUUGUGUUAAACAAAAAAAGAAGUGCAAGUCAUUUUCCCCUGAGUGUAACAAAGUUUUAUGUUUUGGAAUUCUGAAUCGUUUUCUUUUCUUCUUUAAAUAAUUAAAAGCACAUUUAAAAACUGAAGUCUCCGCAUCCAGUUUU